GGAUGAGUGAUCUGCUCGUUUUCUCCCUGAUUCAUUGUUCACGUUGGCUGCUAUAGCCAUUUUACCCUAUUAUGCGCUGCUCCCAAAAGUUGGACUUGCGAACACUGACCCUUAGCGUUUUAAAAUCGAUUCCAUUAUUGAGCGUCAUUGUUUUGCAGUCUCGAUAUUUCAGAGCAUCAAAAGAGAGGUACGUACCGCUUGACUGGAAGGCCUGACGAAGAAAGUGAUGCAUUUGUGAAAGAGUAACCGAGUGGUUGAUCAUCUUUUUUCUGUUCCUGCCUUUUGACAUAUUGAUAAUUAUCAUUUCUCUUCUUUUCUUUUUCUUUUUUCUGAUUUUUGGUGAAAAGCUUUCUCGAUGCGUUCUUGGGUUGUCAUUCUACUUCCGUGAUUCAUUUUUAUACUGAUUCGCCUUUACUGCAAUAUCCCACUCCCAACUCUGUUUCUGGUCUGGUAUCUACAUUGAUAUUGUGGAAUCAAAACCCCGCCCCCCUAGUUUUCAUCUUUCUCUUUGCUUAACUUGGUUUCCAUCUUUCUCCUAUUGACUCUUUGCUCCAGCCUCCAGUCCAUCAAUGUCCUAAGGAGAGGUACUCGAAUUUAUUUCUUUGUUUUUCCCCGUGCUUUUUUGCCAUCGCAGUUUCAACUUCUAUAUCUUUCCUGGUUUUCGUCAGUUUGUUGGAGUUUAAAAAUAAUAAAAAACAAAUUCCCAAAAAAAAAAAAAAAAAAAAAAAAAAAAAAAAAAAAAAGAGGAGGCUGGUGACGGACCGUGGCAAACAAGAAUGGAGAUCGUUACUGCAGUUGCAGCGAAAAUCGCAGAGGUCAUUGUUGUACCAGUUGGACAGUGGCUAUGUUAUGCAUGUCACUACAAAAGCAACAUGAAGAAUCUGAAGAAUCAGGUAAAGAAGUUGCAGAAUGCUAAGGACAAGGUUCAACACACCGUUAAAAUUGCUUCAGAUAACGGCGAUGAAAUUGAAGUUGAUGUAAAAACGUGGUUGACAGAAGUGGAUGGUAUUAUAGAUCAAUUUGGUGGUGGUGAAGAAGAAGCGGAAUCGAGGAACUCUAAUGUGUCAUGGCUGAACUUGAAGCAACGACAUCAGAUAAGUCGGGAAGCAAAGGAGAUGGUGGAUAAUAUUGCUGAACUUCUUAAAAUGGCAAACUUCGACAGAGUUUCCCGUCGUCCUGCUGCUCAAGAAAUGGUGACUCCAAGAAACGUGGAUUACAUGACCUUGGAUUCGAGGAUAUCAAUUACGAAGAGAAUUAUGGAGGCAUUGGGAGAUGCUAAUAUUAACAAGAUCGGCGUGUGGGGGUCGCCUGGAGUUGGAAAGAGUACACUGAUGAAAGAAAUUUUCAGGAAAGCCAAGGAAGAAAGCUUGUUCGAUGAGGUGGCUCUGGCAAAUGUGACGGAAAGCCCAAACCUAAGUCAAAUUCAAGAAGAAAUUGCAAACAUGCUAGAUCUAAAGCUUGAUCCUAAUUGUAAAACUGAAAUGGUAAGAGCAGGCCAUCUACGGGCGAGGUUAGAAAAAGACAAGGAGAAGAAGAUACUUGUUAUCUUGGAUGAUAUAUGGAAGCGACUUGAUUUGGAGGAAAUAGGAAUUAUUCCUUCCGACAGAUGCAAAGUACUACUCACAUCCAGAGAUCGACAUGUACUAGCUUCUGAGAUGGUCACCGAAGAGAACAGCUUUAAACUCGACACUUUAGGAGGAGAAGAAGCAUGGAACUUAUUUGAAAAGAUGGCAGGUGAUUUUGUGAAAGAUGAUCUUGACUUGCGACACACAGCAAUUGAGGUAGCUAGAGCGUGUGGAGGUCUUCCUAUUGCACUUGUAACAGUUUCUAGGGCAUUAAAGAACAAGAAUUUGAGAAUCUGGAAGGAUGCCCUAGUGCAACUAACAAGACCCACUGCAGAACAUGACACAGAUAUAUGGUUACCCGUAUAUACUUGUAUACAGCUGAGCUAUAAACAUCUUGUUGGUAGAGAGCUCAAAUCCCUCUUUUUGCUUUGUGCUCAACAAGGUUACUACAUUUCCUAUCGGGACUUGUUGAGAUAUGGUUUCGGUCUGUGUUUAUUCCGUGGCAUUGAUACAUUGGAUGAAGCAAGAAACAGACUAGAAAAUUUAGUUAGUAAGCUCCAAGAUGCUUGUUUGCUACUACAAAGUCCACAUAGCUCCGAGAAAUUUUACAUGCAUGAUCUUGUUCGUCAUGUCGCUACAAUAAUUGCGUCAAAUGAUGAUCAUAAUAUGUCUGUCAUGAGAGGUGAUGGUGGGCAAAAAGCAUGGCCAGAUGUGGAUUCACUAAAAAGAUGCGAGGCGCUCUCUAUUCAUGGUGGAGAUCAUAUCCAUAAAUAUUCCAAUGAAAUGGAAUGUCCUAAAUUAAGAUACUUUCAUGUCCAGUGUAAAGGUCAAUCUAUGGAAAUCCCAAACAUUUCCUUCCAUGGGAUGGACAAGCUCGAAGACAUUUUCUUCCAAGGGAUGGAGAAGCUCGAAGUUCUGAGUUUGAAAAAUAUACAACUUUCAUCACUUUUGCCACUUACAAACCUACGAACAUUGUGUCUAGAUGGAUGUAAGUUGGGAGAUAUUCAUUGGAUUGAAGAACUCAAGACUUUAGUAAUUCUUAGUCUUGCUCGUUCUGACAUUUCAAAUCUGCCAGGAGAAAUAGGGUCGUUGACUAGUUUGAGGUUAUUGGAUUUGAACAAUUGUUUCAAACUUAGAGUGAUUCCUCCUAAUGUCUUGUCGAGCUUGGUCAACUUAGAAGAAUUGUACAUGCGAGACAUUAAUGUCCAAUGGGAGGUUGAAGGACCCAAUAAUGAAGGAAAAAAUGCUAGCCUUGCAGAGUUAAAGAAAUUGUCACACUUGAUCACCUUAGAGAUAGAUAUUAAAGAUGCCAACAAUCUACCGAAAGAUUUAUUUUCUGAAAAGCUUGAGAGAUACAAGAUACGCAUUGGAGAUUGCCAGCAUGGGUAUCUCAUUUUUUCUAAGGCCACCUUCUCAAGAAAGUUAGAACUCAAACUGAAUAUGAGCAGCUUCCAAUUGAACUUUGGGAUCAAAAUGCUAUUGAAAAGGACAGAAUAUCUUUAUUUAGACGAGUCGAACAGUACUAAGAGUGUCUUAUAUGAAUUAGAUAGAGAAGAUUUUCAACAACUGAAGCAUCUCCAUAUCCAAAAUAAUUGUAAUAUUAUGCACCUCCCUGGGUUGAGGACAUCCUUCCAAAACUUGAAAGUUUUAAGGGUGGAUGACUGUGAGAAAUUAAGAUUUAUCUUCUCAUCAUCAAUAGCCAGAGGCCUUUCACUACUUGAAGAAUUGAAGAUAACAAGAUGCAAAAACGUGGGUGCAAUAUUCGUGAAAGAAGAAGAAGACGGAAUAGAAGAGGUGUUCUGUCGACUGCAAACCUUGGUGCUAAUGGAUCUUCCAAAGCUCAUGAGCUUCUUAAGCACAAGAGAAACCAAUUCGGAAGGCAACGACCAUGAUCUUCAGGUGCCGCUUCUACAUCAUCAGCUUUCCUUCCCUAGUUUGAAAACCCUGGAUCUGAAUGGUCUGCCCAGAAUAAAGCAUCUUUGGAGUAGAGAAAUCUUCAGGUUUCCGGAUCUACUUCAUUUACAUGUUGCCAGAUGUGAGAAUUUGAAAAGUUUGUUUCUAGCAGCCGCAGUGGCUACAAGUCUAACGCAAUUGAAGUCUCUCGAGAUAACAGAUUGUGGGGUACUGGAGGAAAUUGUCCAGAGAGAAGACGGGACAGAUCCAACAACGAGGAUUUUAUUCACUAGCCUAACUUUGCCAAGGCUUGAUGCGUUGCCAAAACUCAAGUGGUUUUUCCAAGGGGUGCGUACUUUGGAAUCGUCGUCAUCUAAGGAAUUACAUGAGCAGGGAGGCACACUUUUCGAGGUUGAUGAGCUUUCCUUUCUUAGUUUGGAAACCCUGCAUCUGGCAGGUCUACCCAGAAUAAAGCAUGUUUGGAGUAAAGAAAUCUCCCGGUUUCAAGAUCUACUUCAUUUACGUGUUGCCAGAUGUGAGAAUUUGAAAAGUUUGUUUCUAGCAGCCGCAGUGGCUACAAGUCUAACGCAAUUGAAGUCUCUCGAGAUAACAGAUUGUGGGGUACUGGAGGAAAUUGUCCAGAGAGAAGACGGGACGGAUCCAACAACGAGGAUUUUAUUCACUAGCCUAACUUUGCUAAGGCUUGAUGCGUUGCCAAAACUCAAGUGGUUUUUCCAAGGAGUGCAUAAUUUGGAAUCGUCGUCAUCUAAGGAAUUACAUGAGCAGGGAGGCACACUUUUUGGGGUUGAUGAGGUUGCCUUUCCUAAUUUGACAACAUUGCAUCUAGGGAAUCUACCCAAAAUAAAGCAUGUAUGGAGUAAAGACCCCCAAACAAUUCUCAGGUUUCAGAAUCUACAAAACAUUGAUGUUUGGAAAUGUGCGAGUCUUAAUAGUUUGUUUCCAGCCUUGAUCGGUACUUGUCUUAAGCAAUUGAAGGAAAUUAGAAUUAAGGAUUGUGGGGUACUGGAGGAAAUUGUUGAGGUUGAAGGAGGAGAAGCAGUGGAAAGGAGGUUGGUGUUCGAGUUCCCUCAAGUAACUUCUUUGGUUCUUAAAAAUUUAUCGAGACUUGAGUGUUUUUACAAGGGAGUGCAUAUUUCAAAAUGGCCGAUGCUAAAAGCGAUGGAGAUUGGCAGAUGCAAGAAAGUUGAGGUACUAUUUGCUUCCGGACUUGUGAGUAAAGAAACAGUUGAAGAGAGACAGUCUCAAUCGUCAAUUAAACAACCUCUUUUCUGGGUGGAUGAGAUGCCAUUCCCGAGCUUGGAGAGAUUUGAAAUUUCUAAAAUGGAAAAGUUGGAAAUUAUAUGGAAUAUCAAGGACUCCCAUCAACGCAAUAUGUACAGCUUUCCAAAUCUACUUCAUAUUGAUGUUUCAUUGUGUGAGAGUUUGAAAAGUUUGUUUCCAACAGCCUCAGUUGCUGCAAGUCUCGAGAAAUUGGAGUCUCUCGAGAUAAGAGAUUGUGGGGUACUGGAGGAAAUUGUCCAGAGAGAAGACGGGACGGAUCCAACAACGACGAUUUUAUUCACUAGCCUAACUUUGCUAAGGCUUGAUGCGUUGCCAAAACUCAAGUGGUUUUUCCAAGGGGUGCGUACUUUGGAAUCGUCGUCAUCUAAGGAAUUACAUGAGCAGGGAGGCACACUUUUCGGGGUUGAUGAGCUUUCCUUUCCUAGUUUGAAAACCUUGCAGCUGGCAGGUCUGCCCAAAAUAAAGCAUGUUUGGAGUAAAGAAACAGUUGAAGAGAGGCAGUAUUCUCAGAUGUCAAUUAAACAACCCCUUUUCUGGGUGGAUAAGAGGCCAGUCCCGAGCUUGGAGAUAUUGAAAAUUUCUAAAAUGGAAAAGUUGGAAAUUAUAUGGAACAUCAAGGACUCCCAUCAACGCGAUAUGUACAACUUUCCAAAACUACUUCAUAUUGAUGUUUCAUUGUGUGAGAGUUUGAAAAGUUUGUUUCCAACAGCCUCGAUUGCUGCAAGUCUCCAGGAAUUGCAGUCUCUCAUAAUAACAGGUUGUGGGGUAUUAGAGGAAAUUGUCGAGAGAGAAGACGGGACAGAUCCAACAACGAGACUUUCAUUCCCCAACCUAAUUUGUCUAGGACUUUAUGGGUUACCAAAACUCAAGUGGUUUUUUCAAGGGGUGCAUACUUUGGAAUCGUCGUCGUCCAAAGAAUUGCAUGAGCAGGGAGGCACUCUUUUCGUGGUUGAAGAGCUUUCCUUUCCUAGUUUGAAAACCCUGCAGCUGGCAGGUCUGCCCAAAAUAAAGCAUGUUUGGAGUAAUGUUGCCAGAUGUGAGAAUUUGAAAAGUUUGUUUCCAGCAGCCACAGUGGCUACAAGUCUAACACAAUUAAAGUCUCUCAAGAUAAGAGAUUGUGGGGUACUGGAGGAAAUUGUCCAGAGAGAAGACGGGACGGAUCCAACAACGAGGAUUUUAUUCACUAACCUAACUUCGCUAAGCCUUGAUGGGUUGCCAAAACUCAAGUGGUUUUUCCAAGGGGUGCAUACUUUGGAAUCGUCGUCAUCUAAGGAAUUACAUGAGCAGGGAGGCACACUUUUCGGGGUUAAUGAGCUUUCCUUUCCUAGUUUGAAAACCUUGCAGCUGGCAGGUCUGCCCAAAAUAAAGCAUGUUUGGAGUAAAGAGAUCUUCAGGUUUCCAGAUCUAUUUAAUUUACAUGUUGCCAGAUGUGAGAAUUUGAAAAGUCUAACACAAUUAAAGUCUCUCAAGAUAAGAGAUUGUGGGGUACUGGAGGAAAUUGUCCAGAGAGAAGACGGGACGGAUCCAACAACGAGGAUUUUAUUCACUAGCCUAACUUCGCUAAGCCUUGAUGGGUUGCCAAAACUCAAGUGGUUUUUCCAAGGGGUGCAUACUUUGGAAUCGUCGUCAUCUAAGGAAUUACAUGAGCAGGGAGGCACACUUUUCGGGGUUAAUGAGGUUGCCUUUCCUAAAUUGACAAAUCUGGAUCUGUAUGGUCUACCCAAAAUAAAGCAUGUAUGGAGUAAAGAAACAGUUGAAGAGAGGCAGUAUUCUCAGAUGUCAAUUAAACAACCCCUUUUCUGGGUGGAUAAGAGGCCAGUCUCGAGCUUGGAGAUAUUGAAAAUUUCUAAAAUGGAAAAGUUGGAAAUUAUAUGGAAUAUCAAGGACUCCCAUCAACGCGAUAUGUACAACUUUCCAAAACUACUUCAUAUUGAUGUUUCAUUGUGUGAGAGUUUGAAAAGUUUGUUUCCAACAGCCUCGGUUGCUGCAAGUCUCCAGGAAUUGCAGUCUCUCAUAAUAACAGGUUGUGGGGUAUUAGAGGAAAUUGUCGAGAGAGAAGACGGGACAGAUCCAACAACGAGACUUUCAUUCCCCAACCUAAUUUGUCUAGGACUUUAUGGGUUACCAAAACUCAAGUGGUUUUUUCAAGGGGUGCAUACUUUGGAAUUGUCAUCGUCCAAAGAAUUGCACGAGCAGGGAGGCACUCUUUUCGUGGUUGAAGAGGUUGGCUUCCCAAGUUUGAAACUUUUGGAUCUGUAUGGUCUACCCAAAAUAAAGCAUGUAUGGAGUAAAGACUCUCAAACAAUUCCCAGCUUUCAAAAUCUACAAGUAAUAAUUGUUGGGAAAUGUGUGAGUCUGAAAAGUUUGUUUCCAGCCUCGAUUGUUAGAUAUCUCGAGCAAUUGGAGAAAAUUAAGAUUUAUGACUGUGGGGUGGAGGAAAUUGUUGCGGCUGAAGAAGGAGAAGCAGCAGAAAUGACGUUGGUGUUCCCUCAAGUAACUUCUCUAUGUCUUGAAAAUUUAGAGAGACUCGAGGGAGUGCAUGAUUCAAAAUGGUCGAUGCUAAAAGAGAAGCGGAAUCUUGAAUGCAAGAAAGUUAAGGUAAGACGCUAUAAAUUAUUUAGCUCUAUUAAGAUUUUCACAUUUAGGUAGAAGACGUAGAGGCUG